UGUGCGCAUCGAAUGUAAACAAACAAACCGGUGUGCGGGUGUUUUGGUUCGGUCCGGCAGCACAGUCGUGCCAGGUAACUGAAAAGACAUGCGGUGCUAAAACUCAAUACUAGAUUGUGAUUGCUCAGCAUUGUGAUAUGAAACGAUUAACGAAACGUUCAGCCAAAGAGUAUGCAAAGCCAUGUUCCAAACAGCCUUCAAGUACUACAAAUCGAGAAAUCCGCCACCUUCGUUCGAGGAUGUGCUGCUGAUCGGUAGCGACCAUCCAAACCUGAAGCCAGUGCGGUUGGGCAACAUCGAUGGGCAAUGUUUCGCGGGCCUGCUGUCACCGAGCGAAUGGAAGGUGCACGAACUGACCAGCCGUCCCGGGCUGCUCGUCGUGGCCAAUCCGUUCACUGCCGAGGCACAGCGGCAGUGGAUGACGCGCAGCUUGGCCGACUAUCCGAUCCCUCCCAACACCACCAACCAGAGCGGCGUGGGCCAGCUGGCGCGGGACGCUGUCGGCAGCUGGUGGGAGCAGCUGCAAACCAUACCGACCCCGGCCGAGCGACGCAAGUUCGCCAAAAGUUUGCGCUGGGCCACGCUGGGCUAUCAGUACGAUUGGACAAACAAGCUGUACGACGAGGCACGGCGCGAACCGUUCCCAUGCGAGCUCGGUGCGCUGGUCCGGUACGUCGCGACCACCCUCGGCUACGAUCGCUUCUCGCCGGAGGCGGCCAUCGUGAACUACUAUCCGGCCGGGGCGACACUAGCCGGCCACACGGACCACUCGGAGGACGAUCAAACGGCGCCUCUGUUUUCGUUCAGCUUCGGCCAGCCGGCAGUGUUUCUGUUCGGCGGCACUAGCCGGGAGGAGCACCCGGACGCCCUGCUGCUGCGGAGCGGCGACAUCGUCGUUAUGACGGGGGCGAGCCGGCUGUGCUAUCAUGCGGUGCCGCGCGUUUGUAUCGACGCGGAGCUGCCCGAGGGCCUGGGCUGCAGUGCGGCACGGUGGGCAGUGUUGGAUGCGGAGCGGCCGGGCGCGGUGCAGUGGGGCGCUGCCGUCGAGGAGUACAUGCAGCACAGUCGCAUCAACAUAAACGUUCGGCAAGUGUUGCGGGAAAACCAACAGACGCUGCAGCGGUCCGGGUUGGGCUGAGCAGUGGGAGAGCUGUAAAAGUGUGUGUGUGUGUGUGUGUGUGUGUUAAAAUGCUAUAAAUGUAUUGGUAAUGAGCC